AUGGUCCUCUCGUUCCAGGACACCCAGCUGGCUCUGAUACACAUCCCGCUGCACCUCUACUCCAACUUCCUGCAGCCCAUCCUGCAGCUGCUGCUGCCCUCCAGCCGCCCCGGCAGCUCGGACAGUGCGUCCACAAAUGGCAGCAGCGCCCCGCGCUCCAAGAAAUCAUGGGCCUACGAGCACCCCUUCACCAACAUCUCCGUGACGCCUGUCGAGUGCUCGAUUGCGUGCUCGCGUGAAAUGGCGGAGGAUCUCUUCACUCCUGUGCGCGACAGUCUAGAUCCGUCAAGUAGAGAUCAGGUGUCCAUCACAAAUGAAGACUACAUUGUCAUGCAAGUCGACGGCGAGGGGCUUGACGCUGGCCAGCGUGUCCUCGAGCUAACCAGCCCGCUCGCAAUGGCAGGCAUGUGCGUACAACUCCUUCACGACCUCCCCCAGCCCACCGCUUCUCCUGAGCCCCAGCCCCAGCCCCAGCGUGUCCAGCAGUCCCACUUGCAGCCCGCCCACUCCCUUCUUAGACCAUUGGCGCGUCGUCGCCGCUCGACCCGAAAGAAUUCAGCCGAUUCUCACACCACUGGUGCCGAUAGUUCCAUUUUCUUCAUCACCACCUACUUCUCAGACUACAUCCUGGUCCCCGUCCGCGCCCGUGGCCAAGUCAUCAAGGCACUCGAGGACCGCGGCUUCGCUUUCGAACAGACCACCUCGUCCUACGUGAACCCCAUUGCCAACUCGUUUAACACGCACACGCGCAACAAGUCCAGCUCCUCCUCCUUCGAAUGUUUGCCCCCACCGCCGGGCACGCCCCCGCCCGCCAGCAUCCACGAACUCCAAACUCGCACCUUCUCCCUCCUCAAGCGCCGCAACAUCGUCUUUGCCGUCGACCCGUCCAUCCAGCUCGUCCAAUGCGCCGGCAGCAAAGACAGUGCGUCUGCGCGCCCUGCGAGUGGCGGCGUGCUGAACGGCAGCUCGCUUGCCGGACGCGGCAACCAGCCAUCUGUCGAAGACACACUGCAUCUUGGCCUUGUCAAGUGCUUGAUCAGUGCACCCCGUCCUAACUUCCUCUCCCUCACCCUCACCGACACCGAACCGGCUUCGAUACUCCUAGAGAAGCGCCUUCUUCCCAAUUUCGCUCCGGAUGUCCUGCUUGGUUCGAAGGAGGACGUGCUCGUCCCUAUCACUUUGGACCUGCGCGAUCUUCCCCUCGAAAGUACCGGUAUCGUCUGUGGCGUCGCUGGCAGAUUGGUCGGCGGGACGAGCGGCUUCGGUGGCUUCGAAGGAGAGGGUAGCGACGCAGUCGAAAUGAGCUACCUUAGUACAGCCAGAGCCGGGACCGUUAUGGUUGGUGAAGAGGAACUUGAGAGAGCCAUGGCGGCCUUAAAGGGCGUUGAUGAGCAAAUGGAAUGA